AUGAAUCUCAACUUCACCUCUCCUCUCCAUCCUGCGUCUUCUCAGAGGCCCACAUCCUUCUUCAUCGAGGACAUCCUGCUGCACAAGCCCAAGCCGCUGAGGGAGGUGGCCCCCGACCACUUCGCCAGUUCCCUGGCCUCUCGGGUGCCUCUGCUAGACUAUGGCUACCCACUCAUGCCCACACCUACCCUCUUGGCUCCUCAUGCCCAUCACCCCCUGCAUAAGGGCGAGCACCACCACCCUUAUUUCCUGACCACCUCGGGGGUGCCGGUGCCCGCGCUCUUCCCGCACGCCCAGCAUGCCGACCUGCCGGGGAAGCACUGCCGCCGAAGGAAAGCCCGCACGGUUUUCUCCGAUUCGCAGCUCUCGGGCCUGGAGAAGAGAUUCGAGAUCCAGCGCUACUUGUCCACACCGGAGCGGGUGGAGCUGGCCACGGCUCUCAGCCUGUCCGAGACGCAGGUGAAGACGUGGUUCCAAAACCGGCGAAUGAAGCAUAAAAAACAGUUGAGGAAAAGCCAAGACGAGCCCAAAGCUCCGGACGGCCCGGAGAGCCCGGAGAGCCCUCGCGGCUCCGAGGCCGCCGCAGCUGUAGCCGCCACCGAGGCCCGGCUGAACCUGCCCGCCGGUCCCUUCGUGCUGACCGAGCCAGAGGACGAGGUGGACAUUGGGGACGAGGGGGAGCUCAGCGCCGGGGCGCACGUGCUGUGA